AUGUCAGAAGAUUGGAAUUGGACAGAGACCCGCCCAGGUCACUGGGAGCGCCACGUCGAUCAUAUUGAGGAUUACUUUGUCACGAUUGCAGACCUCACUCGUCCUGUCGGAGGUGACCAUUUCUCAACCAGCUUUGGUGCUCAGAUAAAGUUCCAGCCUGAGAAAGCCUUAGGAGAGAUUGAGUCGGCUUUGAAGCAGGCAUGGACAGCCUUACGAUUUGACCUCCCUCAAUUGGCUUCUAUUGUAGAAGACCGUCGAAUGAUCUACGAGUCUUUGCCAGACGACUCGACAAGGCAGGAAUGGCUGUCUCGUACUGUUGUCAUUGAUACUUCUUCCAACAGUUCCGCAGAGCUGUUCCCUCGGCUGAACCAAAGCCCUAAACAAGCCAUGCUGUAUUAUUUACCCAAGUCAUCGGAAGUCGUCAUCCAUACCGCGCACUGGCGCCUAGACGGUUAUGGGGCAACUUUACUACUAUCCCAGCUACUGCAGCAUGUGGUCGAAUUGCCGACGUCGACCAUCACCUUUGGCUCUGAGCCUGCACGCUUAUAUCCGAGCCACUUUGUGCUGUUAAAAGCACCCGAGAACCCUCCCGAAAGCAGCCAGAAGAUUACAGAUCAAAGUAUUUUCGAUUAUAUAACGCAUUUGCCGUCGAUUCAAAUCCCUUCGGUGACGGGACCCACCCCUAAACUGGUACCAACUACACAUCGGCAGGAAAUCACUAUUAAUCAGCAGCAGACAGCUGAUCUCGUCGCCAGCGCCAAAGCUCGUGGGGUUAGUCUCACUGUUGUCGCCCACGCGGCUAUGAUACGUGCUACCAAGGCAAUGAACCCCGAUAUCACGCUAGACGAAAGUGCAAAGUACGCAUGCAUUGUUCCCGUGUCGAUCCGUGAUCUGCUACCUACCCCGUAUGAUGGCCCAGCUUAUGCGGCAUCUGUGGCUAUGACUGGGGUUCCUGUUGGAUUUACGUCGACUACCUUUGAUAAAGAUAUGGACCGCCUCCAGGACCUUUAUCACAACGAACUCAAGCACCCAAGCCGGAUCGAGGGUCUACGCGCAUUUCAAAAUAAGAUGACGGAGAGUCUCAAACAGCCUCCUGUUGUCGAUAUACCCACCCCUACCCAUCCGACUCUGAAUAGCUUAGGCCUUAUUGAACGGUAUUUGAAGCCAUCCUAUUACGGUAAAGACGGAGAUGUAAAGGUUGACAAGUUUUGGGUGGGGACUGGCGUGGUUGACCACACCGUUUGGGUCUAUAUUUGGACAUGGAAGGAGCAGCUCACAAUCAGUGCUACUUAUAACACUGGAAUGUACGAUGAUCAUACGAUUAGGGAUUUCUUGGGGCGGUUUUCGGAAGUUUUAACCCAAAAGCUGAUCCCAACGGCCUCGACGUCCUAG